GCUCACCUUCUCCCCGCAUCCGGCUCCACACGUCUGAAGAUCAGUCUUCUCUGCCCUUUCGCCCGCCAUGGACUCGAUAGGGUCGGCACCCACACCGGACCUCGCGUCCUCUGACGAGCUGACCAGCACGUUCGGCGUGCUACUCAUCGGCUUCAUCUUCUCCGUCGUCCUCUAUGGCCUGACCUUCUUCCAAACCUACAUCUACUACACCCGCUUCCCCGCCGAUCACAUGGGCACGAAGUCGAUAGUUGGCGCGUUAUGGGCGAUGGACACGGGCGCAACGACCUUAAUAUCACAUACUAUAUACAACUACCUAAUCACGAACUUCCUGUCUGCGUUCGACCAGCUCGUCACCACGAAGACAUUCGUCGCCGAACUAGUACUUGCGGCGCUCUUGGUCCUUGUUGUCCAAUGUUAUUAUGCAUUCCGCGUAUGGUCGAUCACGGAUAAACAGGUGGUUAUUCCGUUACUCCUUGCGUUACUAGCGCUGGCAUCAUGUGCUCUCAAUCUCGCUAGCGUUGCCUCCAUUGCGCAACAGGAUCUAUUCGCCCACAUCGUAACCCACAACGUGAAGCUGAUACGUGGCAUCGCCUCUGCCUUGUCUGUAGUGGCGGACUUCGUCAUCGUCGGAGCGAUGCUGUUCUACAUGCAGCCGGCUCGUAAUCCUGGCAUGGUCAUAGCCAAGGGCUGGUUCGAGAAGACAGUUGUCUUCGGUUUCAAUCGCGGGACGGUCUUCACCGCGGUUCAGACCCUCGCCCUCAUCAUCUUCCUCGCCAUGCCCACUUCGCAAGCGUGGAUCCUCGUCGGCUGGGUCGCGAGCAAGAUAUACGUCAACAGUCUGCUCGCCAUGCUCAACUUCCGCAACACGCAUCGCGGCCGCGGCGUGCAUGAAGAGGACAGCCUGAACCAGGCGGCGAGCAACCGUUCCGGCUCGCACAGCGCCGCCGUGAGCGGCGCACGAGACACGAAUCGCAGCGUUCAGUUCAGCGUUAACCCCGAUGCCAAGCCACAUGAUCCGAUGAGUCUCAUCGAGCUCGAUAUGGUCGGCUCACCCGCCGAUGGGUUCGAUGACGAGACCGGCAAAGCCACCCCUUGGCUCGAUGCUGGAGGUCCUAGCAAACGUCGUGAUUUCGACGAGGACUCGUCUCAAUAAGCCCUUGUUGUUCCCUUGCAUGUAUGCUCUCAUUUAGAAGGUUCGUGCAUUCCUGAACCAAGUAUAUGCGUGCAUUACCCACGCGAAGGAUAGACUCCCUCCACCGCCUCCCUCUCCUUCACCGUAUCCUACGUCGUAUGAUAUAUCAACGUUAAUCGUUGGUACUCAUCGAUCCUCC